UUUCUUCAAUUAAAAAAGAAAGUGAAAGUGUGUUAGAAUGCAACUAUUUUUGAACAGUGUGAGAGAUGACUGAUAAGUGAGCAUUUUUGGCAAAACUGUAAAACAACCGGAAAUCGGGAAAAAAUGUGGGAAUCCGUCUUGGUUUUACAAUUUCCUGCGCCUUCAUACACUGCUUCUCUAAAUUUCAAAUUUCAAAUUCGAAAACCCACAAAGUGUAUAAUAAUGAGGCCAUGGAUGAAGAAUUGCACCUCAAUUCGAUGUGCCAAUCGAUGGUCACUUAAUGGCAGGAAUGCCCUUGUCACUGGUGGUACUAGAGGCAUUGGGCAUGCCAUAGUAGAGGAAUUGUGUGGACUAGGAGCCACUGUGCAUACGUGUGCCCGGAAUGAAGAUGAGCUUGGAACAUGUUUGAGGAGCUGGAAAGAUGAGGGCUUUGCAGUGUCUGGUUCCUUGUGUGAUGUGUCUUCUCAAGUUGAUCGCCAGAAGUUAAUGGAGGUUGUUUCGUCUACAUUCAAUGGGAAGCUCGAUAUUCUUAUAAACAACGUGGGGACCAAUAUUCGCAAAGCUAUGGUGGAUUUUACAGCUGAAGAGUUUUCCACCCUCAUGGCAACAAAUUUUGAAUCUGUUUUCCAUCUGUGUCAGCUGGCCUAUCCCCUUCUGAAAGCAUCUGGGGCUGGAAGUGUUGUGUUCACUUCUUCUGUCUCAGGUUUUGUCUCAUUAAAAUCAAUGUCUGUACAAGGAGCAACAAAAGGAGCAAUUAAUCAACUUACAAAAUAUUUGGCAUGCGAGUGGGCUAAAGACAACAUCAGGAGUAAUGCUGUUGCACCUUGGUACAUCAAAACAUCCAUGGUGGAGCAAGUGCUGAAUGACAAAGAUUAUUUACAAGAAGUAUAUGACCGCACUCCACUUGGGCGCCUGGGAGAACCAUCCGAGGUUUCAUCUCUUGUGGGAUUCCUUUGUUUGCCUGCAUCUUCCUACAUCACUGGUCAGAUAAUCUGUGUUGAUGGUGGAAUGUCUGUAAAUGGCUUCUACCCUCACCAUGGCUAGAGGAAUAACUGCCGCGUAGAGUAAUGCUACAAUUUUGCAGAAGAAAAGUUUGUUGUGUGUGCCUUUCAAAUGCUUCUUAGUGGAGAAGUUGCUUCUUAGCAGGUUUAUCAUUUUGUUGGAAUUCUUGAUCAAUUUUCACCUGACUUUGAAGACUUUAAACAAUUGCCAAGUCCUGGUUGAUGAUCAAGUGCAUCAGUGUUAGCUCA